AUGCCUUCGUCAAAGGCGGCAACGGCGAGCCUACAGUGCCAGAAAUGCAAGACGCCUUUGAGAAUUGAUGGAUCGCUUGAAAGCCUCAAUCCCGCUUCGUUCAAAAUUCUAGCCGAUGCAGCUCCGAUCUUGGCGCCAAAACCGCCGGAGACGCCACGGUCUGCCGCUUCUAGGGAGCGGAAGCAGUUAUAUCGUCAAGUCUCCCAACAGGCUGGACAGCCUAUGCACAAGCGCAAAGUGUCUCCUACGCAAAGGAAUACGGAUGGCAAGAUCAACCCCGUCAUGUCCUAUAUUAUGCUCUCAGAAUCUCAAAUGAAAGCCGAAGGCUCUGACGACGUCUUCUCCUCGGCGAGCAAGAAGAGUGCGAGCUCUAAGAGGAGAGAUGGCCAGACUUCUUCAAAUGGGGAAAUCUCGCUCUCUCAGGACUUGGAAACUGCCAUGCGACUGUUCGAAAUUUUGUCGGCGCGCUCCGAUAUCGACCAUCCUAUCUGCAGCGAAUGCACGGAGCUGCUUCUCGAAGGUCUCCAAAAGCGCCAAGUUGGCGUGACUCGCGAGCGCGAUGCCUAUGUCGAAUUUCUCAAGAGGGCUCAGCAAGAUCUCCCAACUGAUGAAGAAAGGGCGAAGACGAAACGAGCUUUGGAAGACGCUCGGCAGCGGGAGAAGCGCGCGCUUGAAGAGCUGGAGGCUCUCGAAGCGGAGAAGGAGCGCAUGGAAGACGAGAUCGCAGCACUGGACGCACAAGUUGAAGAACUUGACGAAGAAGAGGAGCAAUUCUGGCGGGAGCGUAAUGCUUUCACUGCAGAGCUGUCAAGCUUUCAAGAAGAGCGUGACAGUCUUCAGAGCCAGCUUGCUCAAGACAGCAAGAUUCUCGAAGCACUUCAACGUACUAACGUUUACAACGAUACCUUUUGCAUUGGACACGAUGGCACGUUUGGGACGAUCAACGGACUACGCCUUGGCAAGACGCAAGAUCAGCCUGUCGAUUGGCCAGAGAUCAAUGCUGCCUGGGGCCAGACUCUAUUGUUGCUCACUGUUGUGGUUGAGAAACUAGGCAUCAAGCUGAAAGGGUAUGAGCUGGUCCCUGUCGGAUCAACGUCGAAAAUCAUCAAAUUGGAGUACUCUCAGACUGCAUCGACCCUAGAUGGCAAGCCAAAACGGACAAUCCUCGAGCUGUUCAGCAGUGGCGAUUUGCCACUUGGCCUGGGUUUUCUGCAUCGCAAUUUUGACGGCGCCAUGAUUGCUUUCCUGGAGUGUCUACGGCAAGCCGGCGAGCAUGUGGAACAUUCCACUUCCACACAAGGAACGUCUGCGCUUAAGAUGCCGUAUCAAAUAUCAAAGGACACAAUCGGUGAUGUUAGCAUCAAAUACGAGAAGUUUGCGCAGGAAGAACAAUGGGCCAAGGCUUGCAAAUACACCCUCACGUGCUGCAAGUUUCUUCUUGCUCACGCAAGUCACGUCGCUGAAGCAGGAAGCUGA